AUUCAACUCAAUAGCUAAUUAAGACUACAAUAGAGCAUUGAGAAAAACACACAUAAACAAACUAAGUAUUGAUUUGAUUUAAACAUGAAGAUGAAAUUCUUCCUUGUAGCUUCAAUGGUGCUUUUUUGUAUCCUUGGGAUUAGUGAAGGAGGAAGCCUAAGGAAGAAUUUCUAUAAGAAAUCAUGUCCUAAAGCUGAGCAGAUUGUUAAGAACAUAACCAUACAACAUGUCUCUUCAAGGCCUGAACUUGCAGCCAAGUUGCUAAGAAUGCAUUUUCAUGAUUGUUUUGUUAGGGGGUGUGAUGGUUCUGUUUUGUUGGAGUCUACUGCAAGUAACACUGCAGAGAAGGAUUCAUUUCCUAAUUUAACAUUAGAAGGCUUUGAUGUGAUCGAGAACAUAAAAGAAGCUGUUGAGGAAAAAUGCCCUGGAAUUGUUUCAUGUGCUGAUAUACUCACAUUGGCUGCUAGAGAUGCUGUUUCUGUCCAAUUUGAGAAUAAACCAAAGUGGGAAGUGCUUACUGGUAGAAGAGAUGGUACUGUAUCCAAUAGCAAUGAAGUACUCCUCAAUCUCCCAGCACCUUUUCAUAACCUCACCACGCUUAGACAAAUCUUUGCCAGUAAAAAGCUUACUCUUCAUGACUUGGUUGUAUUAUCAGGAGCACACACAAUUGGAAUAGGACAUUGCAACUUAUUCAGCAACAGGCUUUUCAACUUCACUGGAAAAGGUGAUCAAGAUCCAUCUUUGAAUCCCACUUAUGCCAAUUUCUUGAAGACCAAGUGUCAGAGCCAAAGUGACACCACCACAACAGUAGAAAUGGAUCCAAAUAGCUCAACAAAAUUUGACAAUGAUUAUUAUCCUAUCCUUCUACAGAACAAAGGUCUCUUUAUAUCAGAUGCUACUCUUUUAACAACUAAGCAAUCAAGAAACAUUGCUAAUGAAUUGGUUUCACAAAACAAAUUCUUCACUGAGUUUGCACAGUCAAUGAAGAGGAUGGGAGCUAUUGAAGUCCUCACAGGUUCAAAUGGAGAAAUUAGGAGGACAUGUUCUGUUGUUAAUUAAGUUGUAAUUUAAUUAAGAAUAUUGAUCUCUUUUCUGGUUUUGGUUUUGUUGCAUUUUCUAUUCUUUUGUUGUCAAUUAUUUUGAGUUGUGAAGUUGUAUGUCAAUAAGUUGCAAUGUGCUUUGUGAGAUUCUUAUGUAAUCAAAUUCAUGAAAUAAAUAAAAGUCAUUUUUUAUAA